CACCCCACACGCACAAACACCGCAAGGAACCACGCGAACCCAACCGAACCGAACCCACGCCGCGGCUCACCACGCCUCGCACCGCCGCCGGGAAGAAAGCGUAGCGUGGGAGGAAGGACCGGCGGCCGGCAGGCAAUGGGCAACAGCAUCGGCGGCCGGCGCAAGGGCGCCAAGGUGAUGCAGCUGGACGGCACAGCCUUCAGGGUGAAGCCGCCGGCGCAGGCGGGGGCGGUGCUGCGCGACCACCCGGGCUUCCAGCUGCUCGAGUCGGAGCAGGUCAAGCUGCUCGGCGUGCGCGCGCGCCCGCUCGACCACGACGCGCCGCUCCGCCCGGGCCGGCUCUACUUCCUCGUGGCGCUGCCACGCCCCACCGUGCCCCCGCGCCGCGCCUGGUCCGGCGCGCUCCACGUCGGCGCGCGCGAGAGGCUCGAGUCGCUCAUGCUCACGCGCCGCUCCACCUCCGACCUCACCUUCCCGACCUCGGCCGGCGCCGGCACCGCGCCGUCCUCCCCGAUGUCCUCCGCCUCCGAGGGCGGGCCGGUCCAGCUCAGGAUGCGCCUGCCCAAGGCGCAGGUCGCCAAGCUCAUGGGCGAGAGCCGGGACGCCGCCGAGGCGGCCGCUAAGAUCAUGCAGCUCUGCGCCGCCAACGGCGCUGUCACGCCGGAGCGUAGCCCGCGGUUCCUGCCGACGGCGGACUGGGGCACUGGAGGGUUCGCGCAGACGCCAGAGCGGAGCCCGCGGUUCGUGCCGACGCCGGACUGGGGCGCCGGCAGGUUUGCGCAGACCCCGGAGCGGAGUCCCAGGUUCGCCGCAACGCCCGAGUGGGGUGCCAGGUUCAUGAUGCAGGCACCGGAGAGGGGCGCAGAGACGGCGAAGACGCCGGAUAGGUGGUCCCCUUUACCCCGCACGCCGGAGUAUGCAGCAGCGGACGUCAAGGCUAGCCGGAAGGAGAAGCGAACGCGGUUCGUGGCCUUGCCGGACGAGAUCAUAGCGUGACUUUUUCGUCGGCCUGAGGCGAGAGAGCUCAUAUUACUGUCUGCAGCACCGCGAGCAUGUUGAUGGCCCCGUCAGAUUCAGAUUUCAGAGCGUGGACGAACGGGUCAGCAGAGGCCCAGCGUGCUCGCGUCACCGGUCAUUUUCUUACCAGUGAUGGAUGGAUCGACCACAGAUUGCCGGAGUUGGAGAGGGGAGGCCGCCGGCGGUUUCCUGCCUCGCCCCUCGCUCGCUUCUUCAUAAGGCAUGGAGUGUCGUUUUUCCUCUCUGUUUGUUUCUCAGGCUGUGAUGACAACAUGCUGCAAAAACUGUAGUGCUCUCGUCGUCUGUUGCUGUAGUUAGCUUAGAGGAGAUGUAUAUGGAACUCUACGUAUAAACGUAUAUGAUCAUGUGCAUGACGUUGGAGAUGGGACCCGCCCUGCGUUGUCGACGUUGUCGGGUCAUCUCCAACCUUGUUGCAUUCGGUUUCUCGCACCAUCCACUCAGGGUUUUUGUAAAUAUACUUUAUUCAAACACAAAUAAUGAAUCCUGACUCGUUAUUUCA